AUGUCUAAUAUGCAAAUCGCCCUCUUGUCCCUGACUUCGCUGCUGGCAGCAACUGUGCAGGCACAGUCUGCACCCCAAUUCGAGGUCGUCGUGCAAGAGAACCUCCCAGUCGCAUACCAGGCUUCUGACACUAAAGUCACACCUGGUCUUCUCGUCCCACGCAAUGACACACUUGAAGCCCCCGCUGUGUCUCUGCCCUCCGGCGCCCCAGACAAUGAGACCUACAUGGUUUUCAUGAUCGAUCAGGACGUACCUCGCAAUGGCUCUACAUUUACGCUCCUGCACUGGUUCCGCCCGGAUCUCCACCGCUCAAUGGACAACGACACGCUCACUCUGCUCAUGAUCGACGACAACACCCCCUCAAUCGAAGGAGCCGACUACAUUCCGCCCACACCACCCGGCGGCAGCGGCCCCCAUCGCUACACGUUCUUGUUAUAUCCCCAGCCUCCGAACUUCACCAUUCCCGAAGCGUACGCCGACAUCAACCCGCCCGCCGACAGCGCCGCGCGUAUCGGCUUCAACCUCACGGCCUUCGCCUCCGCCGCCGGCCUAGCCGACCCCGUCGCCGCGAACUAUCUACGCGUGCUGAACGGCACCGAGGCCGAGACCGCCUCUGCAGAGUCCGCGACCGGCACCGUCGGUGUGGCGCCUACGGAGAGCCCGACCACCGUCGCCAGCACGACCGACAGCGAGGCGGCCGCGAGCGCGACGGCGUCCGAGGACUCACCUACGGCGACGAUGAGCGGUACCACGACACCUAGUCAAAGCACCACUGGUGAUGUGAACCCACCGACGGAGAGUGACUCCGGCGGCAACGUGAAUGUGGCGGCGCCGUAUGUGGGGUUGGCGCUGGCGGUUGUCGGGGCCGGGAUGUGGAUGGCUUGA